AUGCCAGAUAAAUAUGACCCUAACGCACUAUGGCUGGCACUCAGUGAACAUAGUGAAGCUAAUUUAUUUAAUGCGUAUCCGAAGUUACUGGCGGAACUGUUUCGCCAGGAGGAUGAAGCGCGGCUGGAAGGAGACACCAGCGAAGCGGAAAAACUGGUACUUCCUAGCGAUAAAGAAUGGCGAAUGGAACAAUACUUUCUUCUUGUCGCUAUGCAGAAAACCUUGGAGACAGACACGCAAGUAUUAUAUGCGUUACGCAUGAAAAACAAUAAAACUAAUUAUAUCUGA